AUGUUUGAUGAACUGGAGGUGAAAGAUGAAAAUAAAGGUGUGGCUGAAUCCGUUGUGUACGAGCUUCCGAAACCGGGUGAGAGGCGUUUGAAAGCGACGACAUACCUUUUGAAUGACAGAGACUGGGCGCCUAUCCGCAUAAAGGUGUCAGCGGAGGAUCUGAAGAAUGAGUCAAUGUACUGCAAGGCAGCUGGUGAGAAACGUCCAAACUUCCUUGGUGAGUUGGUUGAGUGCGAAGAAACGGACGUCAUCACGGAGGCGAAGAAGAAUGACCUCCUCAAGACAAUUCUCCCUGAGGCCAUCAAACUGCACGCCGACCGUCUCCUUGUCAAGCCAGUGCCGGGGCCAGUGGUGGUGUCGGUGCCCAGCAAGGGCGUCUGCCCACACUUCACCGUGCCGGAGGAACACAUGACCAGAGGUGUAAACCUGACGGACUUUGUACUGUACGUGGCUGCCGGCCCAGGUGCCACCUUCACAUCCAUCUGCUCUGAGGAGAGCAUUGAAGAUCGACCGUUCAGUGCAGUGAUGAAUUUUGAACCUGCACGGAUCCUCCCCACAAGGUACGCCGUCCGCAUUGCAGCGCACGAGAUUGCACAUGCCCUUGGAUUUUCUUUCAGACGGAUGAGAGAGCUCGAAAUGACUGACUACUUCGAUUUUCCCGGAGAGAAGAUUAAGUAUCAGGUGAACUCCAAAAUGACAAGGAAUGUAUCUCAAAGGCACUACAACUGCGAGGAAAGUAGGGGUGCGUUCCUGGAGGAAGAAGGAGGAACAUGGAAUAUGGUGUCUCACUGGGAGCGUCGUGACGCCAAGGAUGAACUGAUGAGUGUGUAUUUCGAUCUUCCUGGUGCCAUGUUGUACACAGCGUUCACGAUGGCAGCAUUUGAGGACAUGAAAUAUUUCCGUGCAAAUUGGGGAAAGGAGGAAACGAUGAGCUGGGGCAAAGACGCUGGCUGUGAAUUCCAGUAUAUCAACUGCGUUGAGGAUAAAAAGAGCACGUACCCCAGUAUGUUCUGCAACAGCACUUCCGAGACACUCAAGUGCACGUCUGACCGCUUUGCUCUCGGGGAAUGUUCACUGACGACCUAUAACAAUGACCUUCCACUAAAGUACCGCUACUUCCUGAGAGCCAGAAAGGAAGCUGGCUCUGCGGAAACCCUGACGGACAGGUGUCCCAUUAUUGCACCGACUGCAGCAACCGUGUGCACCAAUGGUAAGGAGGAAAGCAUGCCCGGGAGCCGCGUGGGG